AUGGUUCCUGCACGUAGUUUUCUGUUUAUCAUGCUUUUCGCUUCUUUCGCUUCUUGUCAGGUGCAAACGAACUGCACACUGACGGCGAGUGGUGGCGACGACUCGCCUGCUAUCGAGCAGGCUUUUAGGGGAUGUGUCGAGGUACUCAUUCCCGAGACCGAGAACCUACUCAUCGGAACCAAGUUGAACACGACCGGGUUGAGUAAGGUACACGUGCGUUUUCUGGGGAAUCUGACUCUGAAUCCGGACGUGGACUACUGGAGAGACAACGCCUUCAAUGUCACCUACCAAGAAAACUCUGCGGCAUGGUUGUUUGGAGGCAAGGACGUCAUAUUGGAUGGAGAGGGCACUGGUACCAUCGACGGCAACGGGCAGACAUUUUACGAUGCGCGAAUCGCGAACGAUAGUCUUCGUCCUCCCCAUCUCAUGCUUGCUUACAAGGGCGACAAUCUCGUCAUUCGCAACCUCAACAUCCGCCAGUCACCACGAUGGACCAUCCUUGUUCACUCGUCUAAGAACGUACUAAUUCAUGAUCUGAACAUACGCUCUCGCUCCGAUACCUGGGCUCUGGGCCGUGAGAGUAACCGCGAGACUGACGGAGUUGACAUCUACGAUAGUUCAUACGUCACCCUACACAGUCUGCGGAUAUCCAACGGCGACGACUGUAUGUCUUUCAAGCCGAAUGCUACCAACAUAUUCAUUAGCGAUAUCUGGUGUAACGGAAGCCACGGUGUCAGCGUCGGGAGCCUUGGAGAAACUGAUGGUCAAAAAGAUAUUGUGAGGAAUGUGUAUGUUAACAACGUUACCAUCCAGAACUCGGAGAACGGUCCUCGCGUCAAGACGUGGGGUGGUGCCGGCCGCGGUUACGGUUAUGUAGAUCAGAUCGUGUUCUCUAACUUCCAGCACGAGAAUAAUGAUAGCCCAAUUACUAUCGAUAACUGUUACAAGACUGACUCAGACGAGUGUCUCGCCAAUCCCAGUAAUAUGACGGUCUCUCACGUUUACUUUACGAAUCAACACGGCACAGCAUCCGGAAAGUAUGGCGGCACUGGAGUCGCACUUUCCUGCUCCGUGGGCAAAUGCACAGACAUCCACCUCGACAACGUCAACGUCACCGCACCGUCAGAAUGUGGCGCCACAGUCUAUGCAAAUAGCCACUUGAACGUGCAGGGAAAUGUGGCAUACAAGUUCGUAUCGGAUGCAGACACAUACGGCGCGGGAGGGAUUCUCACUAACAAUUCUACUGACUCGGGAGUCACCUGCUCGAACGGACAGGUCAUUUCUGGGAGCUCAUGA